AUGACUCCAGGACUCAUCUCCAAUGAGUUUCUGAGUUCAUUGGAUCUUGCAGUGAAUGCAGAGUUCCACUUCCUGAUCUGCUGGGUCUGUCAGAUGGCAUUGGGGGUGGGAGAUGUUGAGAGUCAUCUAGUGAAGAUUCAUGGGAGACAGUCAACAGAGUAUCUAAGGAAACAUCAUUCCAAAGAUCACCCAAUGGAACCACAGCCAAGAAAUUGGAGAGCUUGUAAAGUCCAACAGCUGAAGCAAGGGACAGGGGAUCUGCAGGCAUUCUGGGAGAUCAAGGAUCAUGCAGAAAGGCAGGGCCAGCCAUCAGCCAAACAGGUUCUGGUGGACCUGUUGCUCCAAGAACUGGAGCCCACAUUGGAGGUGGUCCAAACACCACUAGAUGGUCACAUGUGGCAUGAGCACCUUCCUGGAAAGAACAUCAGACAGCAGUGUGGCCUGGUCAUGUUACCCAAGACAGAUGAUGAAGACAUUCCUGGACUCAGAGAGAUGGUGCAAGUAUACUAUCAAAAGGGCCUCUCCCUGCUGGAGCACACAGGAGAGAUUGUCUGGAAAAGGUUGAAUUCCCCCAAUCUGUUGAAAAGUGGCCUGUCAAACACACCCUUCCACAAGCACCUGUAUGAGUCAACCAUGAAACAGUACAUUGUCCCAGUGGUGAUUCUGCUGGCAAUGUUGAUCAGACAACAGUACAGUGGAGGGCCAUUCUCUGGCUCAGAUCCCAAGCUACUGGACCUCUUGGCAGUGCUUUGCAUUGGACAAGGAGAUGCAGAGGCUUUUCCACUCAUCCAUGAGUUGCUAUUCCAGCUCUGGAGCACAGCAUGGAAGCAUCAAGGGGAUGGGGACAUUGUGAAUCCCACUGAAAGGUGUCUUGCCCUGAUGACUCUCAGAGAAGAUGGUGCCUUCAAAGAGCCACACCAAGUCACCCCAAUCAUAGCCAGGUUGGAGUACUGCAUGCGACUCACCUUUCUCAUGGAGAUCCAGAUCCACAGUUGCAUGCAGUCAGACCCCCAGAAGGAUGAUGAGGAGCACUGUUCAGACCUGAAGAACUUCUUUGUGUGGUGGACAGACACCAAGACCUGGAAGACAAUGCUCUACCAAGGGGAGCAGGUGGACUUUGCUGAUCUUUGCAAGGUUUUUGAGGGUACAGAAGCCAAGCUGGUAGAGGCCUGGGAACAGGGGAUCCUGAUGGGUCAGGACAUCAGAGUGGACUAUGACAAGAUUGCAGAGGACCUGGUCAACAAGGACAUUGGCUAUUCCUUCCUGUCUGAUGUCAGAAAUCCACAGCUUGUGGGUAGGGGUAGGUUGGUGAAGCACUUCCUAGAAGAUGAGGAGAUGUUUUCCCACUUUGCCAUGAUCAGGCAGGGAGCCAUCAUAUGGAACACCAGUGCCCUUCAAGCAUGGUUGAAGAAGUAUGCAGAGCUGCAAAGCUUGCUACUUUUGCAAGCCCAGAUGCUCAGUGGUGCACCAAGUCAUGGCACAGAGCUCACUGCAAUGACCUAUUGCAACACUCAGACCCAACUGACAUGGAACCUGGUAGUGCUGGGAAAGCAUGUCUCCCUGCUCUGUCAAUACCUCAAGACCACAGCAUUGACAGGGAAGGACAAGCUGAUCCCUCAUGCCUUGGAUGCCAUCACCAGUGACAUCUUGGUACAGGACUUGGCCUUGGCAAGACCCUUUGCAGAGAUUGCAGCCAAGGCAUGCUUCCCAGACAGGCCAGAUGUGGUGGACCUGUAUUGA